AAGACCUGAAUGAAACAUUUCCGGUGCUCAGAUAUCAAAAGGAGCUGUUCUGACCCAACUUCCCGUCUGUGUAAAACACUCUCAAGGUGACAUGAACGGAGAAGGCAGCGCUUUUGGUUCACAUCACGAGUCUCGACAUCUUGGGAGGAUGCCUGAAGGAGACCUGAUAAGGUUCUCAAAUGAUUUCCUGGAAAAGUACUUUAAGUUUCAGCCUCUCACCAAGCUUUACUGCCGCAACGGAGGCUACCAUCUGAGGAUCAUGCCUGAUGGAAGCAUCAGUGGUAGCUUGGAUGAGAAUGACCCUCAUGUUAUACUGAGACGGUGGGCGAAAGAGACAAGUGUGGUCGUUGUGAAAAGUGAGCACACGGAAAGAUUCCUGGCUAUGAACGAUGAAGGUUGCCUCUAUGGUUCAGAGGCACUCAACGAUGAUUGCUUCUUUGUGGAGAGCCUGGAGGACAACAAGUACAACACGUAUCAAUCCAAGAAGCACAAUUGGUAUGUUGGGCUGAAGAAGAAUGGAGAGCCCAAAUCAGGCCGCGAGGCGAAGUUGUCUCAGAAUGCAGUCUUCUUCGUGCCAAGGCCAGCCGAAACAAGUGCGGCUGCCUUUGAAGAAGCUUAACCAUUGUAUCGCAUUGACUUUUCUCUUUACCAUUAAAACAGCAAAUAAAGCAUCAUCUUAACUGAAUUUAGAAUGUGAAAGAUCCUACAUGAGGUCUGCAUUAACAGGCUAGUUUAUUGUCAUUGUAUUAACAUCAUGCUAACUGUGGCACUAGCUUUUUCAUUGACAUAAUUCGCUAAGUGAGACAUAAUAUUGCAAUGAUAUUCUACAGUCCCUGACAAAAGUCUUAUCGCUUAUCCAUUUUGUAGAAACAAUUGCUAAUAACCUGACUUUCAUUUAUUCAGUAGGUUUCAGAAAUGGCUCAUACAAAAGCUAAGACACCUCCCAAAUGAUGUUGAAUGUACAAAAAUAUAUUUGUUUCACUGAAAAAAGAUUUAUCAUUUAAUGAAGACAUAAAAGGCAAAUUUUGGCAAGACAAAAGUUUUGUUGCCUACAGAAAGUCGUGUGAAAAUUGAACAAAAAAUGUACUUCAAAUACAAAAAUAUGUUACAUAACAUAAGCGAAUUACCGUAUUGGCCCGAAUAUAAGACGACCCUGAUUAUAAGACGACCCCCUCUUUUUCAAGACUCAAGUUUGAAAAAAACUUUUUGAACCCCAAAUUAUUUUUUAUACACAAAAUAAUUACAGUACAUCCGAAACAAAUGAUUAUAACAAUAUAUUUGACAGAAAAAGCAUGUUAUUUUGCCUCAUUCAAAUCUUAACAUCUGAACAUUUAAAUAUGUAAACUUAAGUGGAAUCACAUUUGUAAAUGAAUGACUUCGGGUUUUUGAAAUGUAAAUAAACAAA